GACGUCGCGAGGUACCAGGAAGUUGCCGCUCCACCCGUGAACUGAAAUCCGAGGCCAAGCCCGCUUGAGCUGCUAUACCGCUCUUGUUUUCAGAAGUGACCUGCCCACAACAGCAACAAGCUGUCGCUUCCUCUGCAGAAUUGGUCUGAUGGAGCAAAGGCACUCGGCGCGACUCGGUGCAAAAAGGCAACAAUGCGACCUGCGUGCCAACAGCACAGAUCGUACUGAACAUUUGACACAGCACCAGAGAACUCAAACAGCAGAGAAACCCGUCAAGUGCAGUGUGUGUGGGAAAACGUUUGCACAGUCAUCUACUCUUGUAAAACACCAGAGAACACACACAGGAGAGAAACCCUUCAAGUGCAGUGUGUGUGGGAAGGCAUUUUCACAGUCAGCUACUCUUGUAGCACACCAGAGAAUACACACAGGAGAAAAACCCUUCAAGUGCAGUGUGUGUGGGACGGCGUUUGCACAGUUAUCUGCUCUUGUAAAUCACCAGAGAACACACACGGGAGAGAAACCCUUCAAGUGCGGCGUGUGUGGGAAGGCGUUUGCACUUUCAUCUACUCUUGUAGAACACCAGAGAACACACACGGGAGAGAAACCCUUCAAGUGCAGUGUGUGUGGGAAGGCGUUUGCACAGUCAUCUACUCUUUUAAAACACCAGAGAACCCACACGGGAGAUAAACCCUUCAAGUGCAGUGUGUGUGGGAAGGCGUUUGCAAAGUCAUCUACUCUUGUUAAACACCAGAGAACCCACACGGGAGAUAAACCCUUCAAGUGCAGUGUGUGUGGGAAGGCGUUUGCAAAGUCAUCUACUCUUGUUAUACACCAGAGAACACACACGGGAGAGAAACCCUUCAAGUGCAGAGUGUGUGAGAAGGCGUUUGCACGGUCAUCUACUCGUGAAGCACACCAGACAACACACACGGGAGAGAAACCCUUCAAGUGCAGUGUGUGUGGGAAUGCGUUUGCACGGUCAUCUGUUCUUGUAAUACACCAGAGAACCCACACGGGAGAUAAACCCUUCAAGUGCGGUGUGUGUGGGAAGGCGUUUGCACAUUCAUCUACUCUUGCAGAACACCAGAGAACACACACAGGAGAGAAACCCUUCAAGUGCAGUGUGUGUGGGAAGGCGUUUGCACAGUCAUCUGCUCUUGUAAAACACCAGAGAACACACACCGGAGAGAAACCCUUCAAGUGUGGUGUGUGUGAGAAGGCGUUUACACGGUCAUCUACUCUUGUAGAACACCAGAGAACACACACGGGAGAGAAACCCUUCAAGUGCAGUGUGUGUGGGAAGGUGUUUACACUUUCACCAAAUUUUCAAAGACACCAGAGAACACACAAGCAUCACAAUAUCCACAAGGAGUGGAGUCUGAAAUCAGCUUGUGAAAGUCAAAGUGAUGCAAUGAGUGUAUCCCUCAUGAAACAAGAACCGGAAGAAAAUCCCAGCUUGGAUACAUUGAAAGAUAUCGAGGUGAAACGUGAAGAUGUGAAGGUGAAAUGUGAAGAAGUGAUGGUGAAGAGCGAAGAAGUGAAGGUAAAAUGUGAAGAUGAAGAUUCAACUCCAAAAUCGGACCUUCACAUCGAUGGAGGCAACGUGAAGCAGGAGGAUAAUUCUCACUGUGAGACAGAGCGAGGCAACUCCCAGCAGUUUGUGGAAGUGGAGGUGUGGGUUGACUUCCUCCGUGACAAUAGAAAGUCAAAUGGAGACCCGGGAGAUGUGUAAGCUUGAGACGAUGUCGCUCCAAUAGACGCACCUUUGUCACAGGCCUUUAAUGACAAGAAUGUGAAGUUGAACACUCGGUUCUUAGUUUCAACCUGCAGGGUAAGAGCGGCCAGUCUUUGUGGACCUGUGUGUUGGGUAGAUUUCUAACCAGGAGCGAGAGCCAAUAAGCUCCCAAGCAUUCACUGUUAUAAAUUGCAUUCAUAUGGUGCUUACUUAAUCGCCUCGGCAACUCGGAGUUUUGUAUCGUAUCUCGUUUCAAACACUCGAAGAGCACCCCCAAGUAGCAGCUGCCCCUGUGUGGUGUUGUGUAUGUACCCCCUUUUUAUUUUUUUUAAUAUUAUUUUUUUUUUAAGAAUUAUUCUGCCAACAUAGAUGAUAUCGUUUUUUUUAAUAGACGCGGUCACGUGGGAACGAACACGCCCCCACACUUCCACAGAGGCCCCCACACUACCACAGAUGCGCGCACACCUCAUUUCAAAGGAAAGAGGACAUGAAAGGGGGGGCAAUAAGGUAAUAAAAACUCCCCUAAAUUCACACAAGAGGAACAAGGGAGGGGGGAAUGGCAGGCGGGGGGUUGCAGGGCCGGGCAUCACGGAGGAAGAGAUAAUUAUAUUCUGAACAAAGAUAAGCCGGGAUAUCAGAUUAAAUAAUCACAAGAAGUCAAAUAAUAAGUACGGAAUUAAAGUAGAAGAGGAAUCAAGGGCGGAGAAGGCUCUCAAAAUUAACCAAACACAACAACCCAUGGGAAGCGAGCAACACGGCCGCCUUUGUCUUUCCGAGAGGAUCUCCACACGCAGGCACAAAGCUAGGAAAUGACACCCAUAAAAGGGGCAAUGGCUCAAAGGAAAUUAACACGUCUUCGAAUAAAUAAGCGCAUGCGCCGGGUGCUCCCACCGUGAAAACAACCGCCUUUGUCUCCCCACAACACGGACAGCAAAAAUUGCACACGCGAGGAAAUAACAUUUCCGUGAGAGAUCGGGUCACGAUGAAACAUCGUGAACACGGUUUCGGCAUAACCAAGCAGCAAAUAAGUCGCAUUUCAACUUCCAAACCAAACCAACUUAAGCUGUGUGAGACAAAGGAUGUGAUCCCAGAGCAAGGAAGGGAAUAAUUAAGCUCGCUUAACGCGUAGGUUUUCGCGACAAAUAUUAUUCAGUAACAAAACAUGGAUUCGAAUGUUUUUUUUUAUAACUCGACGCGAAUCAUCGGUCUGGCUAAUGGAUAACUUCGGUGGCACCGUCACGAGGCCCCCACCCCCACCCCUUUCUUCCAGAACGACACACAUAUGUGUCUUCAAAGCUAAUAAACACACGGACAAACACGCACGCGAAACACACGGACGGACACACACACGGACGCAGAUGGUUCAGCCCACAGGAAGGUUUUAUGACACAGCCUUUGAACAACUCGGGAAGCCGAGUGGAAUUUCCAGAUAUAAACCGAAGAAAAAUCCAUACAAAGCAGAUCGUCAGGGGCUCUGGCCCCCAUCACAGAUCUCCAGGGCUUCGGCUCCAUCUCUUCUCGUCGCCGCCAACGAAGAAGCUUUUCGUCAUCCAGAAGGACGAGGAUCGCGCGGUGCCGAGGCAUCGCCUAUCGCACACGAGUGUACGAGCCCAGCUCUCUUGCCGUGUCACCACGCCGAGGUGCAUCGCCUGCCGCACACGAGUGUACGAGCCCAGCUCUCUUGCCGUGUCACCACGCCGAGGUGCAUCGCCUGCCGCACACGAGUGUACGAGCCCAGCUCCCCUGCCGUGUCGCCACGCCGAGGUGCAUCGCCUGACCACGCAAACGAGCGUGGCCGCGCCGUCAGUCAUCGUACGGGGUCAGCCGAGGGAGGAGUCGGAAAGCGAGCCGCUCACCCUCUCACCGCAGCUGCGCAAGCCAGAGGGUCCUUCUCCGAAAGUCGUUCGUACCCACAACUUCCCCCACCAAUAGACCCACACACGCACGCAUCGACGCCCCACUCACCUGUGAGACUAUCCCAUCUAGUUCACCCUUGCCAUCGUAUCAACCCUAGUCAAUUAUCAGAAGACUGAUUAUCAACUACAUGAACCAUCAGCUGGCCAUGCGGAAUCGCGGCCCAUCGAGUGAUUAAGAGUCCGUCGGUGAUAAGAGUGAGGUUGUUACCGUGUCUUUCCCUUGUUCCGCUCAUCACAUAGGCGAUCAAUAGACUCGUCGAGGCAAACUCAACCUCUCGGAAUCCUCAUUACGAAUCGACCGAACACAGAGAGAGAAUAUCUUGUCAAACCAGUUUCCUUUGUCCCAGAGUCUCGCCGAAGAAUUAAUUAAAACAGAGCCAGAUUCGCUCUCGCGCCCACACGCCCUCACCCACCAUUGUAUCAAACAUUCCGUUAAGAGGAUUUUUAUACUUGCCGAUGAAUCUAUUGACAUAUACUUUCGCCUCUUGGGUAUAAUAAGUGCUAUAUUACCGCCAUAGGAAGUGUGUCAUGCUUGUUUUCAAACUCGACCAGUCGCCGAUUGUGAUCGAUACAUGGGCGAACUAAUGAGAUGCCUGGUAGGAAAAGUAGAGGUUACAAUUGAUAGAAGUGUUUUUAGUCAUUCAGUUCGUUAAAUGCAUAAGUGUUUAUUCAUUCAUUUUAGUCAAAUGCAUAAGAGUUUCGUUAUUCAUAUUGCAUAAUUGCAUAAUUUCACAAAUGUAUAAGUGUUUAUUCAUUCAUUUUAGUCAAAUGCAUAAGAGUUUCGUUAUUCAUAUUGCAUAAUUGCAUAAUUUCACAACUGCAUAAGUUUUUGUCGUUCAUAUUAGUUAACUGCAUAAUCUUGCCCAUGAAUUAUUGACGCAUGUUUGACCUGCAUGAUAGAAUGUCACGUGUUUGUUAGAAUAAAAUUGUUAUCACAGAAGCAUAUUGAGUGUUCUUUCCAAGUCCAUGCAAAACCAUCUUAUUCAUAAGAGCUGUAUCCUGCGAUGAGAUAUGAAAAUGGAGACCUAAAAUAUUAUAACACACACUAGGAUAAUCGGUAAAUGAAUCUAUGAUAAUCGUGUUAUCCUGAUUGAUAACUCUGGAUAAACGAAACUAAGCAAAUUAUCAUAACUGCACACAUUAACAUAAUCGCAAGCCUCCGCAUAAAUUACGAUUAUCUCCGUGAUUAUCAUAAUUUAUGCAUAUAAUCACAUGCAUUAUCAUAAUUUAUGCAUAUUAAUACACACACUAUCAUAAUUAAUGCGAAUUGCGCAUUUUUCGGAAAAUUAUUAAUUUUUAUUAUUUUCAUCAAAAUUUCAUAAUUCCAACACAUACAACAUAAUGGGUGGCGUCGUCCGGGAUCUCUCGCAGACAGUGUUUUGCAUGGAUGAUGGAAUGAAUCACUUCGUGUUAACCAGAAUAUCGGGAUCGAACAUUGCAUGGUAAUUGUGAACGGGCGGAAAAAUAAAAAACGCCCUCUAAGGUUGAAACCCAGAAUAGCAGGUUAAAACAGAGACAGUGGAAUUAAGAUAAUACCGUAUCAAACCAAUUGCAUCCUGUGAUAAAUGGUGUUAGAGGUACGCACUCUGAAUCGGAAAAUAACAGAUAGCUCGAGUCAAAUUGACUACACUCUGUGAGAUAAUUGUUUUAUAUGCACUCUGAAAGGGAAUGUCAAAGUAACUCCCGCAACACCUUUGAGAUGCUGGGAUUAAGAAUAAUUUUUGAAUGGGUUACGGGAUACGGGGAGCUCGUAUUUAAACGUACCGACCAAUCUGUUACAAAGCAGUACAGUCAGAGAGACAUAUGGGAAGGGAGCUGUAUCGAUAACACGAACACACCUCGGGGGAAACUAAUUGACUGGAUAAAAUGUAACGAAGGCGAACACGAUGUAAAAACUGCAGGAAAGGCAGGACAGGACUCAUUCCUUUUCACACAGGCAUACAGACAGGGAUUGUGGAAUGAGGAAAAAUUUGGAAAGGAAACGGGAGAGAAAUCAGUGCUCGCGACACCAGCGAAACUCACAGACGUCGAUCCACAGAAUAAAUAUGGAAGUAACAUUAAAUCACACUCUUGGGUACGUGGACAGAGUCCAGGAACUGAUCGCACAAAAAUUAUGGAUAUCGAACAAAAAAUCCUUGACAAAGGGAAACCCUCACAAUUCGAGAUAAGGGAUGGAGAGAUACAUAUGCAAACAAAAACAUGUGAGACUGACAACUUCACAGAUAUAGGGAGGGAAAAUGUUAAAGUAAAGUCGACAGGACAUGCUCCACUAAGGGCAGAGGCAAAAACUGAAGGGAAAUGGCAACACGCCCGACACAGCACAGACCAAAGUGACAGAUUGCCUGAUGAUAACUUGUUUGAUGAUGACGCUGUCGGCAAUCAACUUUCGGAAUACCUAUUCACCAGUAAAACCCUUAAAUUGAUGGACAAGGCUCUAGUCAGAAUUCCCGAUUUUGACCCCCACAAUAAGACUAUGGAUAUCCACACACAUAUCGCAACAGUAAAAGAGGAGGCAAUGAUUAGAGGGCUGAGGAGACGGGAUGAAAAAGCGAGUUUGUUGAAACGGACCUUACAUAAAGAAUCUAUUCCAUGGGUAAAGUCACUACCACACAAGGUUAGAAAUGAUUUUAAACAAUUGAGCCUGGCAGUGAUUCGGAAGUUUGGAGAAUAUUCGACACUCACUGAGGGGUUUUAUGCUGUAAAAUCGAUGACCCAGGGCAUGGACCAAGAUCCACGUGACUACCUCGUCCAAUUUAAAAGAGCGUAUUACGCAGGCGAUGUGAAUCAAUACCACGAAGGAGAUAAAAUGUUCAAAAUUAUGUUUUUUGAAUCCUUGAGCCCAGAGAUUACAGAAAGGGUGAGAAUGGUUUUGAAUCCAGAAACCGCAUCCUUACGCCGCAUAGAGAGCAAGGCGUACAUGGCAUGGUUAUACAGAGCUAAGAAUCAUAAUUCGGAUCCAGAACACAGGGAGAGGGAUGAGGAACCCAGCCUCUCAGAGAGGAAUAAAAAUCACCGAGCAGUCCCACAAUGCAGGACGGAGCAGAAACGCACGCACACAUGGCAAAAUAACCCAGAGAGAGGUUGGCACGAGAAUGAGAGCGGCACAAAGCCGAACAUUCAGGAGAAUCGCAGGAGGGAGAGGUUCAGAACAGAACAUAUCAACACCCCAUGCCCCGACAUGCGCAAGGUCAAAAUUACCCACAGAAAUGGCAAAGUAACAAUCCAGGAAAAAUUUGGCAUCCAAAUGGGAGAAAUACUGGGCCAAAAAUGUACGAGAAUCGCAGGAGGGAGAGGUUCAGAGCAGAACCAUAUCAACACCCCAUCCCACGACACACGCAAGGUUCAAAUUACGCACAGAGAUGGGAAGAUAACCACCUAGCGGGAAGGUGUUACACAGACCGCGGAGGUAUGGAUGCAAACAUGUACGAGAAUCGCAGGAUGGGAGGUCAAAAACAAUCAGUCCAAUUACGACCAAUUCCUCCACCGGCUAUACCAGGGGGGAAUAGAAGAAUAACACAGAAUGCGGCCCAAAUACAUGAUGAACCAUCCACAGUGAGUGCGAGCGAGCGGCCAACACGCGCCCCACCCGCCGAGGUGUUAAACCCUAAGCAGGCUGCAAGUGACAGGGCUGAAUUGAAGUGUGAUCGGACAGUACAAAAACAGACAGCAGGGACACGCCCUGAGGAGCGCAGGCAUGAGCCUUUGAAUGGAAAAUAUCCAAGGGAAACCAAAAAUUACGUGGAUCGGAGUGCUAAAAUGGAGACGAAUGUCCAUGACGUAUCGGGAAUGGUGUUGAAAUCCAACACACUCGUAAAAACAAAGAGGGCAACAUUACGAGGGACAGAAUUAAAUCGACACACUGACUCGGCAAAUGUGCAUGUAAUCGCAGAGAGAGCGAAUGCCACGAACCAAGUGUCAAAGUGGGUCGUGUGCGCGAAUUCUGGUUACGUGCAGCACAAUUUUUCACCACACACUCCCACGACGCGAGAGAGUGAGAGAGGAAACUACAAAAACGAACCCGAAAACCGUGAUCAAAUUAUCAAAGUGAUAAGUGGUAAACCAGGCAACAUGAGGAAGGUAACGCAUAAAUGCGUUCGAAACCGCUACCUAGCGUUUCCCAGGAUUUAACAAAAACAAAAAUGAAUGUUCGUCAGAGUUAUGAUGUAUGAGAACUGAUGUAACGCAAUAUCGAUGUUAACGUGUUGUUUAUUUUCUUUGCUUAUUUCAGAUGUAACCAGGUUAAGAUGGUAAUACGUGCACGCGCGUCGUAAGAAAUAACCGCCGAGAGUAAGGGCGGCUGAUGGGAUUCAUGACAUAAAAAGGGGGCAUUACUUUGUUUGAAAAUUCGCCAGUGGCCAAAUCGACCCCUGAUAAUUUUCAAACGGGCGGACUGUUGUGUAUGUACCCCCUUUUUAUUUUUUUUAAUAUUUUUUUUUUUAAGAAUUAUUCUGCCAACAUAGAUGAUAUCGUUUUUUUUAAUAGACGCGGCCACGUGGGAACGAACACGCCCCCACACUUCCACAGAGGCCCCCACACUACCACAGAUGCGCGCACACCUCAUUUCAAAGGAAAGAGGACAUGAAAGGGGGGGCAAUAAGGUAAUAAAAACUCCCCUAAAUUCACACAAGAGGAACAAGGGAGGGGGGAAUGGCAGGCGGGGGGUUGCAGGGCCGGGCAUCACGGAGGAAGAGAUAAUUAUAUUCUGAACAAAGAUAAGCCGGGAUAUCAGAUUAAAUAAUCACAAGAAGUCAAAUAAUAAGUACGGAAUUAAAGUAGAAGAGGAAUCAAGGGCGGAGAAGGCUCUCAAAAUUAACCAAACACAACAACCCAUGGGAAGCGAGCAACACGGCCGCCUUUGUCUUUCCGAGAGGAUCUCCACACGCAGGCACAAAGCUAGGAAAUGACACCCAUAAAGGGGGCAAUGGCUCAAAGGAAAUUAACACGUCUUCGAAUAAAUAAGCGCAUGCGCCGGGUGCUCCCACCGUGGAAACAACCGCCUUUGUCUCCCCACAACACGGACAGCAAAAAUUGCACACGCGAGGAAAUAACAUUUCCGUGAGAGAUCGGGUCACGAUGAAACAUCGUGAACACGGUUUCGGCAUAACCAAGCAGCAAAUAAGUCGCAUUUCAACUUCCAAACCAAACCAACUUAAGCUGUGUGAGACAAAGGAUGUGAUCCCAGAGCAAGGAAGGGAAUAAUUAAGCUCGCUUAACGCGUAGGUUUUCGCGACAAAUAUUCAGUAACAAAACAUGGAUUCGAAUGUUUUUUUUUAUAACUCGACGCGAAUCAUCGGUCUGGCUAAUGGAUAACUUCGGUGGCACCGUCACGAGGCCCCCACCCCCACCCCUUUCUUCCAGAACGACACACAUAUGUGUCUUCAAAGCUAAUAAACACACGGACAAACACGCACGCGAAACACACGGACGGACACACACACGGACGCAGAUGGUUCAGCCCACAGGAAGGUUUUAUGACACAGCCUUUGAACAACUCGGGAAGCCGAGUGGAAUUUCCAGAUAUAAACCGAAGAAAAAUCCAUACAAAGCAGAUCGUCAGGGGCUCUGGCCCCCAUCACAGAUCUCCAGGGCUUCGGCUCCAUCUCUUCUCGUCGCCGCCAACGAAGAAGCUUUUCGUCAUCCAGAAGGACGAGGAUCGCGCGGUGCCGAGGCAUCGCCUAUCGCACACGAGUGUACGAGCCCAGCUCUCUUGCCGUGUCACCACGCCGAGGUGCAUCGCCUGCCGCACACGAGUGUACGAGCCCAGCUCCCCUGCCGUGUCGCCACGCCGAGGUGCAUCGCCUGACCACGCAAACGAGCGUGGCCGCGCCGUCAGUCAUCGUACGGGGUCAGCCGAGGGAGGAGUCGGAAAGCGAGCCGCUCACCCUCUCGCCGCAGCUGCGCAAGCCAGAGGGUCCUUCUCCGAAAGUCGUUCGUACCCACAACUUCCCCCACCAAUAGACCCACACACGCACGCAUCGACGCCCCACUCACCUGUGAGACUAUCCCAUCUAGUUCACCCUUGCCAUCGUAUCAACCCUAGUCAAUUAUCAGAAGACUGAUUAUCAACUACAUGAACCAUCAGCUGGCCAUGCAGAAUCGCGGCCCAUCGAGUGAUUAAGAGUCCGUCGGUGAUAAGAGUGAGGUUGUUACCGUGUCUUUCCCUUGUUCCGCUCAUCACAUAGGCGAUCAAUAGACUCGUCGAGGCAAACUCAACCUCUCGGAAUCCUCAUUACGAAUCGACCGAACACAGAGAGAGAAUAUCUUGUCAAACCAGUUUCCUUUGUCCCAGAGUCUCGCCGAAGAAUUAAUUAAAACAGAGCCAGAUUCGCUCUCGCGCCCACACGCCCUCACCCACCAUUGUAUCAAACAUUCCGUUAAGAGGAUUUUUAUACUUGCCGAUGAAUCUAUUGACAUAUACUUUCGCCUCUUGGGUAUAAUAAGUGCUAUAUUACCGCCAUAGGAAGUGUGUCAUGCUUGUUUUCAAACUCGACCAGUCGCCGAUUGUGAUCGAUACAUGGGCGAACUAAUGAGAUGCCUGGUAGGAAAAGUAGAGGUUACAAUUGAUAGAAGUGUUUUUAGUCAUUCAGUUCGUUAAAUGCAUAAGUGUUUAUUCAUUCAUUUUAGUCAAAUGCAUAAGAGUUUCGUUAUUCAUAUUGCAUAAUUGCAUAAUUUCACAAAUGCAUAAGUGUUUAUUCAUUCAUUUUAGUCAAAUGCAUAAGAGUUUCGUUAUUCAUAUUGCAUAAUUGCAUAAUUUCACAACUGCAUAAGUUUUUGUCGUUCAUAUUAGUUAACUGCAUCAUCUUGCCCAUGAAUUAUUGACGCAUGUUUGACCUGCAUGAUAGAAUGUCACGUGUUUGUUAGAAUAAAAUUGUUAUCACAGAAGCAUAUUGAGUGUUCUUUCCAAGUCCAUGCAAAACCAUCUUAUUCAUAAGAGCUGUAUCCUGCGAUGAGAUAUGAAAAUGGAGACCUAAAAUAUUAUAACACACACUAGGAUAAUCGGUAAAUGAAUCUAUGAUAAUCGUGUUAUCCUGAUUGAUAACUCUGGAUAAACGAAACUAAGCAAAUUAUCAUAACUGCACACAUUAACAUAAUCGCAAGCCUCCGCAUAAAUUACUACGAUUAUCUCCGUGAUUAUCAUAAUUUAUGCAUAUAACCACAUGCAUUAUCAUAAUUUAUGCAUAUUAAUACACACACUAUCAUAAUUAAUGCGAAUUGCGCAUUUUUCGGAAAAUUAUUAAUUUUUAUUAUUUUCAUCAAAAUUUCAUAAUUCCAACACAUACAACAGUGGCACAAGGUGGUGGCCCUGCACUGGCCUGCAUGUAGACAAGAGCCUGUCAGUAGAGGGCGAUGGUUGAUGUGGCACCUUGGUUGUGGAGUUUGUAGGUAAUGUUUGGAAUUUGCUAAAUUUUGACCCAGACACCAGCAUUCGUUUUGAAUGGCGCAAUAGUAUUAGUUAAAAUGAUUGUCAAUAAUUUAGAAUGAUUACUUGUCUGAUGGUGUGCGCACAUGUAACAUUUUGUCUAUAAGGGUCAAACAUUGAAUAAGUGAUGUUAGGACAAAGUUUGUGUUUUGCAAGUAACCUGUACAGAUCACUCGGGUGAGACUCAUUGUUCUUGUGAUACAGGUCAAAGGGUACUUUUGUGUUUUCAGGAAGCGUCUGCCUCUGGAGCAACUCAUUGUCUUUUAAAUAGUGAGCACGCUCGGAUCAUUAAUCAGUUACAAGGCAUACCAAUUAAAAGUUACACGAAAAGGAGGAACAUUCUCUACAACACGAAUUAUAAUUUUGUAUUAUGUGUUGAAUUAGGACGAGAAAUGGUCCUUGCUGAUUGUAAAGUGACGAAAAAAAUUUCACACGAGCGACGCAUCCACGCAAGCUCCCGAUGCUCCGUUUUGAAGUUUGAAAAUGAAACAACUUUGAAUUGUAUUAUGUUUUGAAUUACAUAAAUGUACUUCUUCAUUAAAAGCUUAUUCAUUGAAAACGAUAUUUCGUGUGAAUUUUCUCUCGUCGUGAAGUAGAUGGCCUUGCUGGGGGUUCAGUUUGAUGCGGACUUUCACCUGUUUGGGAUCGCGGGAUCGAGAUGAGGCGACACAGAGCUGGCCGUGCGAUAAGACCGCCGUCUGCAGAUCGAUUCCAACGCGAUCGAACGUCUGUCCCUGCCCCUCCGUCGUUCAUGCAGGGGGCACGUAGGUUUGCAGCGCCCCCUGCAUGAAAGCGACGGAACGUGCAGCGUUCGUCACGAAGUUGUGCGCAAGCGCCAUAACAAGGCGCUGUAAGCUGACCUGCCACCACGUGCACUGGUCAAAAGGGAGCAGGCGAGAGAGAGCGAGGUGUGUAGGGGUCGACCAAAGGUUAAACCCCCGGCCCCCCACCGUGACCGGAGACUAACACCCCUGACCCCCCACUCAUCCCUAAGGCCCAUUAAGAUCCUUCAGAAGGUUCUGGGACGGGGGGGGGGGGGGUCAGGAGGGGAGGGGUGAUCUCGACCUGGGGAUAAAAGGCCGGCCCUCUGGACGGACCGGGCAGUGUUCACCAACUCAAGCCUGAGGACAUCCGAAGACCUGAAGACUGGAACAGUACCCGGGGACCCUCAACCGAGGCUCUUGUUAGAGCCGGGUUGUAGCGGACCCGAGGUGAGCUCAGACACUCUGGGACCUUCCCCCAGCUCUAGCCAGAGCCGGGUUGUAGCGGACCAGAGGUGAGCUCUAGUACCCUGGCUGGGACGGGUCGUCCAGUCUUCCCUUAACGCCGGGCUAAGGGACCCGUGGGUGGCAGAGCCCGGAGUGUGCAGGCUGCGAUAGAAACGAGGCUGUCACUCCCGUAGGCUAUCGGUUGGAAGGGGUCGUACCCCUUCGUGUUUCAGUCGUGUGUAGAGCCGAGUUCGAAAGAGUUAUAAUAAACGUGUUGCCUCAACCAGACGUCCCCGUGUGGUUAGUUAAGGACACAACACUUAUAUAAAAGAGUAUAGCCAGUGGGUUUUCAAAGUACCUUCGUUUUACAGAAAUCAAUUUCGCGUGAGCCCACCGCAUUGAAACAAUGCUCAGCUGAGCGAGGCGAGCCCGGGAGGGGGGGGGGGGCUCACCUCAUCUUUGUCACGUGCCGUAGCUCACGUGACAUCUGCCGCGACAAUGUCUGGAUGUUUUCGCCUGAGAACGAUCGCUCGUGUUGCGAUCGAAACGUCGUGAUUUAUUUAUUAUUAUUUUAUUUGUUCUACCUACGUGACUUUACUGAAAGAACCAAAGAGGAUGAAAGACGUCUUGUCUGCUGAUCUUGUUCAUAUCCGUGUACAUCGAUAUCCCACAUUGCUUACACGUUCACACCACACACAAUGAAAUAAAUAGAAACUAGAACGACUUCUGGGGAUGCGCAAAUAUCGAGGAAACUUUCAAUGGAGCGAGUUCAGUUAGUUCGAUUCAACAUCCUUCUGCCCGUCUGUGUCUCUGUUCGCCUCUGUGUGUUUCUCUCUGCAUGUGUCUAUGUCGUCUCUGUGUUCCUCUUGUCUGUGUCUGUCCACUUGUCUUGUCUGUGUGUGUUUGUCUAUCAGCGUCUGUCCAACCGGAGUCAACGACUGUCAGUAGCAGCAGGCUCCCGUUCAACUCCCACUGCUACACGCCACUCAAACUUGCUCCCAACACACAAAGACAAACAUCUCCCGUGUAGACUGGACAGAAUGUCAGGGCAAGUGCUGUUAGCGAGCACCUAACACAAACACAAAGAUCCCCCGUAUAGCCUGCACAGAAUGUUGGGGCAAGUGCUGUUAGUGAGCAUCUAAGACAAAGACCCCCCAUAUAGCCUGGACAGACUGUAGGGGCAAGUGCUGUUAGCGAGCACCUAACACAAACAGAAAGAUCCCCCAUAUAGCCUUAACAGUUUCAUUUCAUUUUCAUGUGUUUGGUAUAGCCCUGUGAGCCAUUCGGCUCUUGAAUCGGGUGCAACCGCAACAAAUAAAAAACAUGAACUAGAAAACAUCUCAAAGUGACUAUGCGCAAACAGAAAAAUCCAUGGAAAAACUGCAAAGUCUUCCAGAAAAAAGCACCGUACACCAACGCUGUGCAAAAAUCCCAGUGGGAUGCCAGUCAAACAACAACAACAACAACCACAAGACAACUUAGAUUAAAGCCAUCAUUCUAACUCCGUACUACAACAAACAUGGCUAAACCAAAAAUAUGUUUGAAAUCACCAAAAUAAAGCCAUAAGCAAUGUAACAGUGAUCAUAGGAACUGUGACCGAAAUUUCACAAUAAACGACAAAAAACAUGUUCCACCAAAUUUCUAUUUAAAGCUUUCGUGACUGCAGGGAUUCAUCUUAUUGGUUCUUUCGGUAAAGUCACGUAGAAUGGAAAUAAUAAAAGAAUAAAAAUAAUAAAAUAAUUCUCACGACGUUUCGGCCACAACGCAAGCAGCCGUCCUCAGGCGAAGAACAGGUCUGUCAGAAAGACAGCGUCUGAAUGAACACCACCAGGCUUGGCAGCGUAUAUUUAAGCUGGGUUGGAGGGGGAAGAGCGCCUUGACAAAGGAAUUCGCAUAUCAAGAGGGAUUUAGCAUAUUCAUGGUAAAUGCAGGUAUGUGAUUAGUACUACUUAUGCCCGUGCAUUAUGCAGGAUUAGCAACAUCAAACGAAGGGGAUAUGGGAAAUGCAGGUAUGUGAUUAGUACUACUUAUGCCCGUGCAUUAUGCAGGAUUAUCAGCAUCAAAGGGAGGGGAUAUGAGAAA